AAAAAAAAAACCACUUUGAGAAAGCCCAAGCGGCCGUUUCACGCUACGUCUCUUCAUCUUUUAAACGGCUUUUGACAAGGACAAGUUUCUCUCUUCUUCGUUACCUGAAAGCAAUCCCCAGCUGCGUCCCUCGCAGCCUGAACGACUGUAUUGUAAUUUAAUCUUUACUUUUUCAUUAUUUAAUUACAAAUACGAUUCCUUCGUAGCUCGAAAGCAACGACAUUUUCCUUCUGCGACCCUGUAUAACCUAAAAGAGCUGUUACAUUGCCUUUGAUAUCAUCAUUAUACUCGCGUGUAUGUAUAUAUAUAUAUAUAUACAUGGAAACCAUGUGUUUUCUGUGAAUAUGGUGAUCUGAACAGCAAAUGCGUGCGUGAAUGCGGUUUCUAUUAAGAUAUAAUCAAGAUUGAAAUCGCAUCCAUUUACCAGCAAUGCCUGGAGAGACAAUCGCAUCUCUGGAAAAUGAGAGAAGCUUUGAUAUUGAGACCUCUGAGGAUGACAAACGGAGAGCUCGGGGGAGAUCUCUGCGGAAAAAGGCAAUGAAUGCAUCCACAAGACUCACUCAUAGUCUUAAGAAGCGUGGCAAGCGCAUUGCUGAUUCUAAAUAUGCGGCAAUUUCAAUUGAAGAUGUAAGAGACGCAGAAGAGGAAAAAGGCGUGAAUGCUUUUCGCCAGGCAUUGAUGGCCAAAGAUUUGCUCCCAGCUCGCCAUGAUGAUUACCACACCAUGUUAAGAUUUCUCAAGGCAAGGAAGUUUGACCUUGAUAAGACAGUCCAGAUGUGGGCAGAAAUGCUUAACUGGAGAAAAGAGAAUGGAGUAGAUUCCAUCUUACAGGAUUUCAUAUAUGAAGAAUAUGAAGAAGUUCAACAUUAUUAUCCUCAUGGUCACCAUGGUGUAGACAAAGGAGGUCGACCUGUUUAUAUUGAAAGACUUGGAAAAAUUGAACCAAACAAGUUGAUGAGUGUCACCACAGUGGACAGGUUUUUAAAAUAUCACAUUCAAGGGUUUGAAAAGAUUUUUGCUGAAAGGUUCCCAGCCUGUUCUAUUGCUGCCAAGAGGCACAUAGAUUCUACUACUACAAUAUUGGAUGUACAUGGAUUGAAUUUGAUGAGCUUUGGCAAGGUUGCACAUGAUCUCGUCAUGCGCAUUCAGAAGAUAGACGGUGACAAUUACCCUGAGACAUUACAUCAGAUGCUAAUUGUUAAUGCUGGCAGUGGAUUCAAACUUCUGUGGAACACAGUCAAAGGCUUUCUUGAUCCAAAGACCACGGCGAAAAUUCAGGUUUUGGGCAGCAAAUGCCGCCAAAAAUUGCUGGAGGUUAUUGACUCGAGCCAACUGCCUGAUUUUCUUGGUGGAACUUGCUCGUGCCCAAAUGAUGGCGGGUGCCUCAGAUCUGACAAAGGACCAUGGAAGGACCAAGAGAUAAUGAAACUGCUGCACUCUGUAGAUGCAAUAUAUAUGAGGAAAAUGAGAAGUUUGUCCAAUGUUGAUGACCUAGAAAUCAAAUUUUAUCCCUCUAAGUUUUCAAAUAGUGAAAUAGCUUCUGCUGAUUCAGGACCAGAUGUGAGGAAGUAUUCUUCGGGCUUCUUGCAGUUAAAGCCAGCUAGUAACAAAGGGAUCAUGAAUGACCAUAUGUCUCUUAGCGGUCUGGUUGAAUCAGCUGAUGCCUCAAGAGUUGAAGAUACAAGUCUGACUAAUAAUUUAAUCAGUGAAGUUACCCAUGGAGGACCACGGACGUUCAUUUCUCAUGCGAUAUUUUCAUUUAUUCACUUCGUACUGAAAUUGGCGGCAUGUGUAUAUUUCGUACUCCCAUUGGUUAAGAGAUUGUUCAGGGUGCAACUUGCAAAUCAACAUUCAGAGAAUCAGUUGAACACCCCGUUGCUUGAUUCGAGUUCUCAAGAACAUGUAUCACGGGUGGUAGAAGAGGACACACUCCAUCCAUGUUGGCAGAGGUUGCAAAACUUAGAAACUAUGGUAACAGAAUUGGUUAACAAGCCCACAAAAAUUCCUCCAGAGAAAGAAGACAUGCUUCAUGAAUCAUUGAGUCGCAUCAAAUCUAUAGAACAAGACCUACAGAAGACAAAGAAUGCUCUUCUUGCAACCGCAUCAAAACAAAUUGAGCUUGCCCAAGCAUUGGAAAAUUUGAAAGAGAGUGGAUUAAUUCAGGGGACAAGCUCUUGUUGGCCAAGAAAUUACAGAUCUUUCGCCCCGGAAAGAUGAGUCCAAUCCUUUUAGGUCCAAAGGUUGCUUAAGUUGCUGUUCAACAUUGCUUAUUGACUUCUUAUUGGAUGUUGCCGCUGGAUGCGCAUUGCUUGGCAUGAUCGAGGUGGGUUGAUACUGAAUACUCUUUCAUUUGUUCCGCAAGGUGCAAGUUACACCAUUCUCUCCCUCUCCUAUCUAUGACAUCUUCUCAUUUCUUAUUUGUCUCCAUGGGUUUUUCCUAUAGGCAGUUGAAAGCAGUUCUGUACCCUGCGGAGAAAAGGGAGUGUGUAUAUACCCGGGUAUGGAACUUGAUCCGUCGCAGUAGGCACGGCAGGGAAUAGAAAGCAGUGACUUACAAUUUGUUUUUUUUAUCACGUAAAUAAUGCUACCUUUCCUAUUUUUCUUUUGCUUAUGAUCUUGAUGUCCCUUGUAUUCAAUAUGAAUUGAACCUAUCAGAAAGCAGAGAGCAUGAUUAGUUGCGCAAAGCUGAAUCGACGUGUUAUAUCAGUAUAUACUUCGUUUUUGGUUA